GACAAGAACAUCAACGCCCAACCACCGAAACAUUAUAUGCGCCUUCAAUCCAACUUCCGCCCCAUUAAUCCUCCGAGUCGCCCAUUCUAGGCCGAGAGGCCGUCUAUACCCGCGCUUGUCCUUCCCCGACAUCACCUCCCCAUCCACACUACACUCCCCGCAAUGGCUGAGGCAACCCUUCACAACGUGCCCAUUGUCAUUGACAAUGGCAGUGGCACGAUCCGAGCAGGCUUCGCCGGAGAGGAAAUUCCAUCAUGUUAUUUCCCAUCGUUUGUCGGUCGUCCCAAACACCCACGGGUGAUGGCCGGUGGUCUGGAAGGAGACUCGUUCAUCGGGUCCCGUGCACAAGAACUCCGCGGACUGUUGAAGAUCAGGUAUCCUCUGGAACACGGCAUCGUCACGAAUUGGGAAGAUAUGGAAUCAAUUUGGCACUACGUCUACGAAAACGAACUCAAGACACUCCCCGAAGAACACCCCGUCCUGCUCACGGAGCCACCGCUGAACCCGCGCGCCAACCGUGAUAUCGCUGCCCAACUUAUGUUUGAGGCUUUCAACGUCCCGGCUUUGUACAUGUCGAUUCAGGCCGUGUUGUCGCUCUAUGCGUCUGGUCGGACUACGGGUGUCGUCUUGGAUUCUGGUGAUGGUGUAUCUCAUGCAGUGCCUGUCUUCGAGGGUUUCGCUAUUCCGAACAGCAUUCGGAGAAUUGAUGUUGCUGGUCGUGAUGUUACAGAACAGAUGCAAUUGCUGCUGCGGAAGGCUGGACAUGUGCUACACACUAGCGCGGAGAAGGAGGUGGUGCGGAUGAUUAAGGAGAAGGUCUGCUAUGUGUCGCUGGAUCCUAAGCGGGAAGAGAAGGAGUGGAUGAACAGCUACCACAAGUCUGAUGCUAAGGCGAUGGACUACGUUCUUCCAGACGGUCACAAGGUCAAGAUCGGCCAAGAACGUUACCGUGCACCUGAAAUCCUCUUCGAUCCUGAGCUCAUCGGCCUCGAGUAUCCUGGUGUGCACCAGAUCGUGCAGGACGCCAUCACUCGCACAGAUCUCGACCUGCGAAAAUCGCUAUACCUCAAUAUUGUGCUUUCUGGCGGUUCAACGCUGUGCAAGAACUUCCCUGAUCGGUUGAUGCGCGAGAUCAAAAAACUAGCAGUGGAGGACAUGAAGAUCCGCAUUUCUGCGCCUGCUGAGCGCAAGUACACCACGUGGAUUGGUGGUAGCAUUCUUGCCGGGCUGAGCACGUUUAGAAAGAUGUGGGUAAGCGCAGACGAAUGGCACGAGGAUCCCGAGGUGAUUCACAAGCGAUUCGCAUAAAGGACUCUUCUAUGACGGAAAGUCUUUGAUAUCAUGGUGGCCUGCUUCUGAGUCAACUCUGGGACUGUUCACAUUCACUGCCUCCAAUGCGAUCCCCAAGGCACCAUCCCC